GCUUUCCGGUUUAUGUCUGUUCUGCGGCUGCUCAAGGCCCAAAAGCAAGCCCUGGAGACCUGCCUGCCUGAUUAAAAGUGGCCACCUGCUUUUCACCCCAACAGGCAAGACAGAGGGCAGGCAGGGAUCUCGCAUGCAAAAACCGCUUCCCGCGUGCCGGUCUUGUGGGCGGGGGGCGGGUCAGUGGCUGGCCGCUUGGCCUGUUGAACCCCCGCCUGCCACGCGAAAGAUGCAGGGAAACCGGCACGGAGAGGACUCCCCAACCUCCGCCUGAGACCUUUCCUGUCCUCCCUCCUGGGUCUGGCAGCAGAGCGCGCCUCCAAGCCCAGAAGGGGGCCCCUGUUUCUGAAGCUGCCGCCCCCUGGAGCCCCCCUGGGCUGCCGGAGCGAGCCAGGCCGCCGUUGGCUUCUGUCGGUGCGUGUCGCAGCCGCUGCCAGCCUGGGCAAGUCGGUAGGCAUCAUGCAGGACGCGGAGAAGGGCGGCCGCAGGAGGCGAGAGGCCCCGAAAAUCGGUGAUUCCGACUAUGACCUUGGUGUAUUUGGCUGGCUGCUGAUCAUUUUCGCAUUCAUCGUUACUGUUUUGACGCUUCCCCUUUCCAUCUGUCUGUGUCUAAAGAUUGUCCAGGAAUAUGAGCGAGCCAUAAUCUUUAGGCUGGGGCGCAUCUUAAAAGGGGGUGCAAAGGGGCCGGGUCUCUUCUUUGUCCUGCCCUGCACAGACAACAUUGUCAUCGUGGACAUGAGGACGAUAACAUUCGAUAUACCACCCCAGGAAAUUCUUACCAAGGAUUCUGUGACGGUUUACGUGGACGGCGUGGUUUAUUACCGAAUUCAGAACGCCGUCCUGGCUGUGGCAAACAUCACCAACGCACACCUGGCCACGCGCCUUCUGGCUCAGACCACCCUGAGGAAUGUCCUGGGGACCAAGAACCUCUCUCAGAUCCUCUCCGACCGAGAGGAAAUCGCACACAGCAUGCAGUGCACCCUUGACGAGGCUACAGACGACUGGGGAAUAAUGGUGGAACGGGUGGAGAUCAAGGACGUGAAACUGCCGAUCCAGCUCCAGAGAGCCAUGGCGGCAGAGGCAGAAGCCACCCGCGAAGCAAGAGCAAAGGUGAUUGCAGCCGAGGGCGAAAUGAACGCCUCCCGGGCCCUGAAGGAAGCCUCGAUGGUCAUCACGGAGUCGCCGGCCGCCCUCCAGCUCCGCUACCUGCAGACGCUGACCACCAUCGCGGCCGAGAAGAACUCCACCAUCGUGUUCCCCCUGCCCAUCGACAUGCUGCAGAGCAUGAUGAGAAUGAAGCAAUAACUGGGAUACGUGAUCUAAAAGAGGGGCAGGAGCAACAAUGUGUUAAUGUAGGCAUUAACGGGGGGGGGGGAAGAGAAUUCUGCCUAUCCAGUGUCCACCUCUGUGCAUGUCUUGAGACCGCUGGCAACCCGGGUCCCUUUUGCUGUUCAUCUGAACAAGUUGUACUAACUGUACUUUGAUCUGGGCUGCGUUGCCAGAAAACCACUUCUGUUUAAAUUUUAAAAUUUGCCUUUUAUAGAAUGUUUAUUUAAUAGAGCAUUUGAGUGCCUGCAUCUCUCUGCAGUUCAGAAGGAUGGGGAGAAUAUUUCUCUGCAUGCCAUCACACACACACAGACACAUUUUAUAUGUGUGUGUGUGUGUGUAUACACACACACACACAUAUAUACACACAUACACAUAUAUACACACAUAUAAAUAAAAUGUGUAUGUUUUAAAAUAGAUAAUUAUACACACACAUAUAUAUACACAAUAUAUACACAUGCAUACCUAAUUUUAUUUUCUCUACGAGGAAUGCACUUUUCCCCAGUGGGGGGAAAAAUCCCCUUUCUCUCGAGGAUGGCGUGCAGGCUGUCUGUGCACAUCCCAAUGUUUUGGUACCACUUGCCUCUUCCUGUUUGGGGCAUUUAGGCAUAUCCUUGUUAAAAUGUCAUUAGUAUUAUACUGUAUUCUCUGAUGUUAUGUUGUAUUGCAUGGUUGUAAUUACUGGCCAUGGACUGAACGAAACAAAUUAAAAAUGCCAUUCAUCACUCGA